CGAGGUCGUUGUGGAUUUUGUUUUUUUCAGGUUACUUCUGUUGCUCGUCCUGUGGCAGUGGUGGUUUAUAGAACGGACACUUGCAGAACAGUGUUUGAUAUUAUACCGUCCAACGCUUCACCUCAGAGUCUCCUUGGACUUCUUCAGACUUCAAGAAAGUCAUUUUUGAUCCACCUGGAGGAUUAUUUUCAAGCCGUUAUAUUUGUAUUUCUUUUCAUCUUAUUUCAGGAUAUCAAUCCAAAGCAAGUUAAUUACUGCAGAGGAAUCUCAGUCUUUUGGAAACUGGCCGGUCCUCCCUUCAGAUGAGUCACUUCUCUAAUUCAGAAUAUGCUCUGUGCUCGUGCCAGUGAUCUGAGGAAAUCCUAAAGGGCGAGUUACUGACGGAACUUGAUCCAAACACAGGACUUACCUCGAGUCGGAUUCCAACUUGACCUCUACUGGUUAUGAAAAUCUGCACAUCGAGACUGAAACGGCAGGGGGUAAGAUGUUUGUGGAGUCAGUGGUCCGAUGGGGGGCGUGGAGCGUCCUGCUCCAGUUGGGACUGGGCGGAGCUGCAGGAGUGUGUCCGUCCCGCUGCGUGUGUCGACCCGAGGCCAGAGAAGUGAUCUGCUCCGGCAAACAUCUGAUUUCGGUGCCAGAGGGUUUUUCCGGUGACGCCAGGCGUUUGGACAUCUCCCACAAUAAGAUUAAGACAGUGGGACGGCGCCAGUUCUCUGGCCUCCUGCAACUUCAAGAGUUGGACCUCAGCGAUAACAUAAUCUCCAUGAUCGAGGUAGAGGCUUUCCAGAGCCUGCAGAGUCUCAGGACGCUUCGGAUUAAGAACAACCGACUGAAGAUCCUCCCGGUCGGGGUGUUCUCCGGCCUGUCCGGCCUGCGCCUUCUAGACUUGAGCCAGAAUGAGAUUCUGGUCUUCCUGGACUACACCUUCAGAGAAAUGAUGAGCCUGCAAACGCUGGAGGCCGGAGAGAACGACCUAGUGUUCAUCUCGCAGCGGGCGUUCGUUGGUCUCCAGAAUCUGCAGGAGCUCAACAUAGAUCGCAGCAACCUGACAUCUCUUCCCACCGAGGCGCUGUCGCAGCUCCAGAGCCUGACGCGUCUUCGCAUGCUGCGCCUGACCGUCACCUCGCUCCCCAACAACGCCUUCCGCCGCCUCCACCGCCUGCGCAGCCUCCUGAUAGCUAACUGGCCGGCCCUGGACUCGAUAGCUAGCAACAGCCUGAUUGGUCUGAAUUUGACCUCGCUCGUCAUCAGCAGCUGCAACAUCAGCGCUGUUCCUUACUCAGCGCUCCGUCACCUGGUCUACCUGCGCUACCUGGACCUGUCCUACAACCCCAUCACUGCUAUCCAAGGCAAUCUGCUCGGGGACCUUCUGAGACUCCAGGAGCUCCACCUAGCAGGAGGGAGCCUGCUGCGGAUAGACCCCGGGGCCUUCAGGGGCCUGGCCUACUUCCGAAUGCUCAAUGUGACGUCCAAUCAGCUCUCCAGCUUGGAGGAGAGUGUCUUCCACUCCGUGGGGAACCUUCAGGUGCUGCGGCUGGACGGGAAUCCCCUGGCAUGUGACUGCCGCCUUCUGUGGGUGGUCCGUCGCAGAUUACGCUUGAACUUUGACGGACAUCAGCCCACUUGUUCCUCCCCGGAUUCGGUGAGGCAGCGUGAAUUCAGAGACUUCUCGGAGAAGGAGCUCCCGCGGCUGUUCACCUGCCGUCCUGCUCGCAUCAUGGACCGCCGGCCGCAGGAGGCCCGGGUGGAGGAGGGCACCACGGUUCUGUUCUCCUGCAAGGCCGACGGGGAUCCGUUCCCAUCCAUCACCUGGAUCUCCUCCCACAAGAAUUUGGUUUCUGCAACAGGAAGGAUCAGAGUUUUGCCCAACGGCACGCUAGAAGUGCGUUUUGCCCAAGUGCAGGACAGUGGUACGUAUCAGUGCCUGGCCGGCAACGCGGCCGGGAACGACAGCCUGACCGUGGGCCUCUACGUGAAGGGCCUCCCCCGGAACCGAACCAUCCCUUUCCUCUCAGAGGAGGGCUGGGCGGAGCCUUCCAAUCCGCAAGCUGCCAACUCCUCGGCCCAGAUGGCGAAGCCGUACCCGUUCGACGCCAAGACGCUGAUCAUCGCCACCACCAUGGGCUUCCUGUCGUUCCUCAGCUCCGUGGCCAUUUGCUUCGUCUUCAUGUUCUUCUGGAGCCAGAGCAAAGGGCAGAUCAAACACAACGCAAAUAUCGACUUUGUUCCUCGCUCCUCCAUGGGCGGAGGCGGGGAGGGAGGUGAAGGUGGCAGGUUCACCAUGAAGCUAAUUUAAAGCCCAAGCAGAGGUCAGAGGGGUCUUCACAGCGUGGGUCAGUUCUUUGCAGUGUGGACCCUCCCCUCCGCCGGGACCCUCGGACACAGAGACCUUCGACGGCUCAUCAGUGCCCGUCUGUCCAGCUUCUCAUUUCAGAGCUGAAGUCUCAGCGCCCACUUGGCUGUGUUAUCUAACUGAUGAAUAUCUCAUGAUGCUGGAGUGGAGGGAUGUGAACAGACUGUGGAGCAGAGCGGUGUCAUGGCGGCUGAAGAGCCUCUGAUCUGACAGGUCUCUCUCUCUCUCUCUCUCUCUCUCUCUCUCUCUCUUUAUGAAGCAUGUAAUUAUCUUUUAACUUCACAGAUUUGGGGAUAAAACAAAGAGACUUUGAAUUCGACACAUGAAACUAACGUCUCUGAGUUAUUUAAACACAUCAGGUGCUUGUUUGUUUUUUCAUCCACAGGUCAAGUGAACAUUUUGCCCUUUUGACCCGAGUUGCUGUUUUCACUCACCAACAGAGAAUCACGUCCGAGACUGUUCGGCAUCGGUUCUGAGACUUUAUCUUUCAACAUGUGACUCUCAAGCUUUUGAUACCUGCAGUUAACACAUAGAGUCGCCAAAUCAUUUCGGUUUCAGAUUCUAAAAAUGUUCAAGCUUUGCAUUAUGUUUGAUUUACAGCUUGAUUUAAAUGAUUAUGUAAAGGGACGGAUUAGUUUUUACAAACCAUGGUACUCGUAGGAAUGUUUCCAUUUCAUGCUUAAAACUAGAAAGUCACUCAGUCGACUGCAUGUACCUCUGCCAAGGACCCCCCCGAUGACGACACAUUUAACUUCACUUGAUCUGGGUUUUUAUUUUGGAGCUGCACCAAAUUACAAAUGUUCCCUUGAUAGUUCAGUUGGAUCCAUAUGUUAUUCUCAGAGAAAUCCAGGGAACAGAUCUGCACCAAACUUAGAUGAGUUCUAAGUUUUGUGUAAAUCUGUCCAGUACUUUUUGUGUAAUCCUAAAAAAACGCAAAACUCUGAAGGACACACAACUUUCUUGGCAGAGGCAACAAGUUCCUCAGUUGUUUUGUACUUUAACACGUGAUGACAUCAGAGGCUUUCUUUGUUUCAGCAGACGAUUUGUUUUUAUGUGCAAGUGUUCACUUUGUUUUAUUUCCAAAACCCACACAACAGACUGAACAACAUGUGCCUCAGUAACAUUCUCUCCACGGACAGAGAGAAUGCUCACCGUCAUCUUGUAGAUAUUUAGGUCAAGGGCGUUUGUGUGCACGCUGGGUUUAUUCUAUCGUUUUAUCUAGUUGUGGGGAUUAGUGUCACUCGGAUACAACACUCUUGUUGUGUGUAAACUUCAUUGUGUCAGAUGCACUAUGCACAAAGCAACGCUUCAUGGAGCCAGGAUGAGAGGAAGCUCUGACACGUUUGUUUGUUACUCGCUCUCUUGUUCAUAAAUGAAUGCUUUUUUCACUUGAUGUUAUUAAAUGCAUAUAUUUAAACCAGCCUGCAUGGUGUGUUUGCAAUGCCUUUGUGUAAAAGGUUCUGGGAUUGUCAUCAGACGGGUUCAAAAGCCAAAUCCAAUCAUCUUAGAAACAAUCUCU